UAAGAUGCGGAGACGGAGACAUAAGGGAGAGGAAAAUAGAGGCAAAAGAUUAAGGUGAAGACAAAAAUAGAAUAUUAUGGACGUAGGUUGAAUACGGAGUGAUGAAGAUUGAAGUGGAAGGUCGGUUACUUUACAGUUAGGUUAAUUCAACCUCUCUUUCUCUCUCUGCGGUCUGCGCAUGAAAUCGAGGAGUAUUGUAGCAUCUGUGAGAAUGGGAGUUUCAUGAUUCUCUAGGGUUUUGGAUGGAACCUCAUAAUAGGCAUGUACAGGAACAGAUUCACUCCACCUCCAACCGCCAGCUCGCUUAUGGAAGGGAACACUGGUCCAGCCCCAAAGACACGACGUGCUCCAAGAGCUGGGCUCAGCAGACCGAGGAGAGCUACCAAUUGCAGCUCGCUCUCGCACUUCGCCUCUCCUCCGAUUCUUCUUCUGCCGCCGAUCCUUAUUUCUUGGAUUCUGCUACCGGUGAUCGCCCAAUUGGGUCUGCCAGGGACCUCUCUCAUCGGUUCUGGGUCAAUGGCUGCCUGUCUUACAUUGAUAGGGUUCCAGAUGGAUUUUACCUGAUACAUGGGAUGGACCCAUAUGUAUGGACUAUAAGCACUGAUUUGAAAGAGACUGGUCGGAUCCCAUCUUUUGAAUCAUUGAAAGCUGUUGAUCCUCGUGAUGAUUUCUCAAUUGAAGUGGUUUUGGUUGAUAAACAUCAGGAUCCUUCUUUAAAGGAGCUACAGAAUAGGGCACUAAGUCAUUCUAGUAGUUGGAUUAAGGCAAAACAAGUGGUUGAUGAGCUUGCAAACCUUGUCUGUAAUCACAUGGGGGGUGCAGCUUCUUCUGGAGAAGAUGGUUUUUCCAACCACUGGAAGGAGUUUUCUGGCAUGUUGAAGAACAGCCUUGGCUCUGUUGUACUUCCAAUUGGAAGCUUAUCUGUCGGCCUGUGUGUUCAUCGUGCACUUCUAUUUAAAGUGCUAGCAGAUGUAGUCAACUUACCAUGCCGGAUUGCAAAGGGUUGCAAAUAUUGUAGAAGCAAUGUUGCAUCCUCCUGCCUUGUGCGAUUUGGCCCUGAAAGGGAGUAUUUGGUUGAUUUGAUGUGUAAUCCGGGUGCUCUGUGCUCACCUGAUUCCUUGCUCAAUGGUACAUCUUCCAUCUUAGUUUCUUCGCCCUUAUGCCAUCCAAGAUUUAAAUUGGUUGAAACAGCUGAGGACUUCAGGAUAUUGGCCAGACUGUAUUUCUUUGACUGUCAAUCACUUAAUAUUGCAUUUGAUGAUCCUUCCUCAGGUGCUGCUGUUGGACAAGAUGAUAACUCAGAUUCACGGUUCCCUAAACCUUUUGAUAGGAGUUACACUGAGAGCAAGAACCUGGUAUCAACUUCAAAUAACCACCAUGAACUUUUUCUGCCCCAAAGGACUGCACGACUUGUAUCCCAUGAUAGAGAUCCCCAGAUGCAAAACUCGUUCAAUCCUUUGCCAAAUGUCAUAAACUCAAAACACUUGGUCAAAGGUGCAGUUCGACCAAGUCACAUCCUACCAAUGGGUAAUAGAGAUGUUCAACCUAUUUUGCCCUUUCCUAGGCCAAGGCCUGGUACAAAUAAGAAUCUGGGGUUCAUGGAAAAGAAUCACUCAGUAACAAGUAGAUCAAGUCUAAAAUAUUCUCUUGUAGAGGAGGAUCUGGAGAUUCCGUGGAGUGAACUUGUUUUGAAGGAGAACAUUGGAGCAGGUUCGUUUGGAACUGUUCAUCGUGCUAAGUGGCGUGAUUCAGAUGUUGCUGUCAAGAUUCUCAUGGAGCAAGAUUUCCAUGCAGAGCGCUUCGAGGAAUUUCUAAGAGAGGUUGCAAUCAUGAAACGCUUGAGGCAUCCAAACAUUGUUCUCUUUAUGGGUGCUGUUACUCAGCCUCCACAUCUGUCCAUAGUUACAGAAUACUUAUCAAGAGGCAGCUUAUAUAAACUCUUGCGCAUGCCUGAUGCAGGCAUAGUACUGGAUGAGAGGCGUCGUUUAAAUAUGGCUUAUGAUGUGGCAAUGGGGAUGAAUUAUCUUCAUCAACUCAAACCUCCUAUUGUUCAUCGAGAUUUGAAGUCUCCAAAUCUUUUGGUGGAUGGUAAUUAUACGGUAAAGGUUUGUGAUUUUGGUCUUUCCCGUUCAAAGGCAAACACAUUUCUGUCAUCUAAAACGGCCGCAGGGACACCUGAGUGGAUGGCACCAGAAGUUCUCCGUGAUGAGCCAUCAAAUGAGAAGUCAGAUGUUUACAGCUUUGGUGUAAUCUUGUGGGAACUUGUGACCUUGCAAAGGCCUUGGAAACAUUUAAAUCCAGCUCAGGUUGUAGCAGCUGUUGCUUUCAAGGGAAAAAGGCUUGAGAUUCCAGCUGAAGUAAAUCAUCAGGUCACCUACUUGAUUGAGGCCUGCUGGGCUAAUGACCCCUCGAAGCGUCCUCCUUUCUCCUUUAUCAAGGAAUACUUGCAGCCACUGAUCUCAUCCUCACCUCAACCAUUUCAAGGGUCACAUUCCAGAAAUUACCCAAAGGGUGGUUAAACAUUGAGAAUAAGCAAUCAAUCACCAAUACAAUGUCAAGUUUUUGGAGCUCUAUUUCUGUUAGGAGCUCCCUUGCUCUCAUCAUAUCAGGGCAGUUGCUGCAUGUAUGCCGUCUUCCUUUUGUGAGUUGAAGAACUGACUGACAACCAUUUAUUUGUUAACAUGGGACUUGAAUCAUCUUUUACUGUCUCAGUGUUUUUUCUUUCGUAGAUACUGCUGUCAUCAAAGCAAACAUCAGUGGGAAUACCAGACCUCUGUAACAUUUUGAGUAUGAGUGAAGGGGAGCUGGUGUCUGUAAUUAUUACUCCAUGUAAUAAAAUAGUUAACAAUGGUGAUGCAAAUUCGUAGUAUCCAUGUUCAUGCUCUCCACUUCUCUCUUAAAUAAUGAUAUUUUAGGCUUCCUUUGAAUACAUUUUCA